GAGUGCCGCGCCGCGCAGCAGGAGGGAAACGACAGCACGAAGCGUACACGUACAAUUCAAGAUCUCGUUCGUGAGCGACCGCUGCUGCAGCAGAGCGGACCCCCUGACUUCGUGAGUGUGCGGAUGCGGCCUUCUUGCACACUUUGCUGAUCCUGCGCGCCCCCGAGAGAAUUUGCUAUAAGUUCGUCGAGGCUUUGUCGAGCGCGGGAGUGCUGCGCGACGGCGGUGCAGCAAUUAUCGUAGGCUCACGAGGAAGAACCACCCUGAGCCAGAGCCACGCGUUGGCGCGAGAACGGCUGCAAGCUUACGAGCGAAAGACUCAUUGGUGCACAAGUGAAGAAUUGUAGUGAGUGGAUAAACUUCGAAGCGCCAUUCGCUUCGUGCAGUAUCUCGAAAGUCGACCGAGAAUUUUUCCUGGCAGACAAGAAUCAUCGGCAUGGACGGAUUUGGUGCUUCGUAUGCCUAACAGUGACAGGUGUUGUCGUUCUUUGGAGUUUUAGUGACCGACGUCCAAGGAGCUUCUCCGGUCAUAACUUUUUUGCCGGUCAGCAGGAACAGGUCUUGUGGUUUGUGGUCUAUUAUUCAGAUAUCCUGAUUACUGAAGACAGACAUCAUCGAGAAGCUGGUUUGCUCUUCUGUUACCAAAACUCGCUUCAGACUGGCUGCUGAGAGAAUAUCCCUUGCUCGGGGAUGAAUUGAGUAGUGCAAUUUCUGUCCGGUCUGCAAUUCAUCUCCUUGAGUGUAGACCAGAUUUGGCAAGCAGGUGACUGGGAAGUGUUUAUGAGAGGAGUAAGCGUGUACUCCACGUUUGGAUACAGAGGCGAAGUGAUGGCCUCCGACCGCGAAUGGUUUGACACAUGGCUACAUCAGAGUCGUACACCUCCGAGACUUAUGAAAGUUCAAACAUCUGAAGAUGAAUUGGAUGCAGAGCAUCAAAAUCUGAGGAUGUUGCUUAAUGUUUUUCCCGGAAUUUCUUUGCCCUGCAUUGCGGAAGCAUAUACUCUAGCUGAGGGAGAUCCCAAUUAUGCGGCUGAGCUUCUUGCUCACGGGAGCAGCAGUAAGCCAAUUUCUGAUGUUAGACAGAAGGUGGGGAGAAAUGUAGCGCCGCACGAGCUCAGUGAGGAGGCGCAGUUUUUCGAUAGCACUUGCAAACCUCUGGAAUCAGUUUUCCACUUCGAGAAGAUGAGCGAGCAGCUCAAGAAAGUAGAGAAGCAAGAAGCAGGAUCAGUCGUAUCUCACGAGGCGCCGGGAGCUCACAAUCACAGCGGUAGGCCCCCUGAGGAAAAUUCUGGUAUGUCGUUCGGGACACAGGAGACGGUUUGGCAGUCUGCAUGUCAGCUCGGGAUAACUUUCGGCGGUAGUUCGGCCUGCAUGGGUGGCAAUGGAGGAAAAAUAUUGAGCAACUCUUCCGCGCUAGGAUGUGUUGGCGGUACAGCAGCUGGGAAUGGGGCCAGUAAUGGGACGGGGAAUGUUUUAUCUGAUAGCGGGAGCUCCUUGUUACCUGGAUGGAAAGGUUUCAAUGUUGGCAAGAAAGUGUCAGCUAUCUCUGGCACUGUGUCUUGUCACAGGCAGCAGAGGAGGAAUGGCUUCUCUCAUUUUGACGCUGGCAAAGACAGCAAGGAACAUAGGGAGGGUGAUGAGGUGCUGUUCUAUGGGAAGCAGCGGAAGAAGAAGAAAGGUGGCAUGAACAGAAAUGACGAUUGUGGUAGCUUUGCAGACGAUUCUGUUAGGCAAACGGAGGACUUCCUAUACUCCAUGCUGGGCGACUCCUUUGAAUUGGGUAUCGACGUAGUCAGGGACGUCUUAGAACACUUCUCUGGCGACACUAACGAGGCCUUGGAGACCCUUCUACACAUGGCAUCAACAUCACCCGGAUUCCAUUGUACUGAGCUACCUGACCAGGUGUCUGAACCUUUACAAAAUUUGAUUCAAGUCUUUCCAAAUAUGGAUCCGGCCGAGGUUUUGAUUGCCUUCCAGGAGUGCGAUGAGGAUAUUGUUCAAGCCAUAAACGCAAUCCUUCAAAAGGAGCUUGUCUUAAAGGAGAGUAUGGCUGAAGAUGACUCGGUUGAGCGUACCCAGUUUGAUCAUGUUUUAUCCACACUGCACGAAAGCUUUCCAACUGUUGAGCGCAGCUUUCUUUCAGAGGUGUUACAAGCAUCUGAGUGUUCGUACGGGGAUGCGGUGCAGGCUUUGAAAGAAGCGGGAAUGACACCAGUCAAUGAGAGGGCUCAGACUAAAGUCGACCCGGCAGAGGUACUGCAAGCCUUGUUCAGAAGGGAGCCUGAAAGCUCAGAUGCUGGUUCAUCAUGCGAGCAAAACACCAAUGGAGAGCUGUAUACUGUUGUGGCUGCGAGACCACGAGCCCGAUCUUGUGCAACGGAUAGCAAAAUUGUAAAAGCUAAGGUUGAUGAGUAUGAGAGACAUCGCGCUACUGCAAAUGAACUUUGGAGUAAAAUGAAGAAAUGCUUUCAGGAGGCUGCAGCAGCACACAGUCGGGGUCAACGCGCUUUGGCAGGGGAUCUGUCGCAAAAGGGGCAGCUUUACAAAGCACAAGCUCGUGAAGCAAGCUUGAGAGCCAGUGAGAACAUUUUCAACGUGAAGAACAGAGAUAUCGAGAAUAACAUUUCUAUCGAUCUCCACGCGCAGCAUGUUCAAGAGGCCUUUCGGCUGCUUAAGCUGCAUCUGAGAUCUUUGUCGUCUAUCUCUUCUGUUCACACUUUGACCGUAAUCACCGGUCAUGGAUCGCAUAGUGCUAGCGGACGUGCAAGAAUCAAACCUGCGCUGACGGAGUACCUGGCCAAGACGCACAUUCCUUGGGCAGAGCCAAAUGCGGGUUGUUUGGUAAUCAAGAUGUGCGACGUCAGGACACAUUAUCCUGGUCACAAGAGUUCUGACAGUUCUUCUGAAAGUGAGAGUCAAUAGGUAAGACGAGGGUUGUAUUUAUUUGCUUGAAAUCAUGUGCGACCGAAUCGCCAUGGCAGCUGCCUAACUUGAGGAUGUCUAGUUUUAAAGAGUAGCCGGUGCUAUAUGAGGCAGCUCUCUUUCCACCACUCGCAACACGUUUACAUGCUAUGAAACGGAACUCCUGCCAGCGAAUUGUACUGUUCUGUUCUAGAUAGAAGAUCACAAUGGAGAGCAGUCGCGUAGACAAUCAGACGUGGACGGAAACUGCUAAUUUUUCCUAAUAUCUCAUUCUAGUAUUUUUUCAUCUCAUUAUCGGGAAAGACUCGCAGCUGUUACGAAACAUGCGCCGCUCCUUGGCGAGGCAUUGAUGUAAAUGUGAGUAAGGCCACCAAAUACCUGUAAAGAAGUUUCAGUCCAUACCUGUAAAGAGUUUCAAUCC